AUCUUUUCCAUUUUAGUUUUUCUAUUAUUUCACAAACCCUAAUUUUUAUGAUCGUGUUUCAUUUCUCGUUUUCCAUUUUUUUUCCACUGCCACAGCUUGACAAUCCUUUCUUUUCCACUUCUCAGGUUUUCAUCAACUUCCCCUAGCCGUGGUCUCUGUUGGCUCUCCUCGCCGUUGUCUCCGUUGGCUUUUCUCGCCAUGGUCUCCGUUGGCUCUCCUUGCAGUCAUCUCAAAGAGUACACGAACAAUCAGACUCUAUGCCUUCGUUGACGCUGACAUCGAGGCAUUGCUUCAGAUUAUACAGUGAUUCAUGCAAAUGGGAAGAUGAUCAAUGUCUCAAGGAUCUCAGACUUCUUGGAAUUGACAUGGCCAAAGUCUUCAUAAUUGACAACACUCCACGGGUGCUUAGACUUCAUGUUAAACAAUGGAAUUCCUAUAAAAAGUUGGUAUUGGGACUGCAGAGAUCAUGCUCUGAGAAAUUUGCUGCCAUUUCUGGAGAAACUAGUUGAUGUGGAUGAUGUUAGACCCAUUAUUGCAGUUCUGAAAUGUGAGUACGCCGUUAGAGGAGAGGUUGUCACACUUGCUCAGAAUUUGCAAAAGGAUUUACUGGCCAAUCCCGGUUCUCAUCCAUUUCACGAGGUCAAUCUUGAAUAUCUUGGACGUGUUGUUUUCAACAAUGAAGGCCUGCUUUAUCCUGACAGUGUUGUUGGAACUGAUUCACAUACAAUAAUGAUUGAUUGACUUGGAGUUGCUGGAUGGGGUGUUGGGGGUAUUGAAGUAGAGGCAGCAAUGCUUGGUUAGAGAUUUGCUAUACCAAAAGAUGUACAAGGAAAAGUUGCAAAAUUUGAUUUUCAUGGGCAGCUAGCGGAGCUCAAACAAAAUUAGACAUUGUCUAUUAGUUUCUUUUUUUAGUAAUGUAACAAACAUAUUUUUAGAAUGUUAAUUUAGUAUUGAACAUCUUUCUUUUUAAUAUAUGAAUAAUUAGUUGUAUAAACU